GGAUGGAUUUACAUGUUAAGAAAGAGGCUUUAUGACUUGUGCGUCACAGUCAUUAGUGCCCUCUGGGAUCCCCUUACCUAGUAAGCCACUCACUGCCUUCUGUUAUUGGGAGAAAGUUGGAGCUUGUGCAGCUUUGGUCCCGUGAACAUACAGGAGGUUGUGCAAUGACCCAGUAGGAAUUUCAUCUUCUGGAGACCAUCUUUACCACUUCCUCCACCCUGCUGUACCUUCUGAGAGGACUCUUUUUUUUUUGGUUUUGUUUUGUUUUGCAGCUAAGUUCAUCCAAUCUUGGACAAAAUGGGAGACAAAGACACUGUAGAGAAGUUUCUGGACAACAACCCCCAGUUUGCUAAGGAGUAUUAUGAAAAGAAAGUCAAGGCAGAUGUGAUCACUGCUGCCUUUAACAACCAGAUUCAAGUCAAAGACCCAAGUUCUUACAAGGAUGUCACAACCAUCCAGGAGGCUGAGUUCAUAUUUGAGCUCGUGAAAGAGAUGCAGGGCAGCAACCCCAUGGAAAAAGCCCUGCAUAAAGUUCUCCAGAGGAUCGCUCUACUCAUCCAGGCUGAUCGAUGCAGCUACUUUGCAUACCGGAGUCGUAACGGCACACCUGAGCUGAACACUCUCUUGUUCGAUGUGACGCAUAAUUCUUCAUUCGAGAAAAAUCUAGUGAACCCCAAUGUAGAGAUUGUUUUUCCCACCGACAUGGGAAUCGUUGGCUGGACGGCACACUCCAAGAAGCCUCAGAAUAUUCCUGAUGUGAAGAAGGACUCUCAUUUUAGUGAUUUUGUGGAUAAACAGACCAAAUACACCACCAAAUGCAUGAUUUCUGCUCCCAUUAUGAGUGGAAAGGAGCCCAUUGGCGUUGUCAUGGCACUCAACAAACAAGGUGCAAACGAGUUCUCAAAGGCCGACAUGGAGCUCUUCACUAAAUACGUGAAUUUUGCCAGUGUGAUCGUUCUUCAAGCUCACACUUCUUACAUGUGGGAUGUAGAGUCCAGGAGAAGCCAAGUUUUGCUGUGGUCGGCCAGCAAAGUAUUUGAAGAGUUGACAGAUAUUGAGAGGCAGUUUCACAAAGCCUUGUACACUGUGAGGACUUACAUCAAGUGUGAGAGAUACUCUGUGGGCCUGUUGGACAUGACCAAAGACAAGGAGUUCUUUGACGAGUGGCAGAUCAAACUAGGAGAACAGGAGCCAUACAAGGGCCCCAAAACACCUGACGGCAGAGAAAUCAUUUUCUACAAGAUUAUCGAUUACCUGCUGGAAAGCAAAGAAGAGAUUAAAGUUAUUCCAGGUCCUCCUGCAGAUCACUGGGCUCUGGUCAGCGGACUCCCUACUUACGUGGCCGAAAAUGGAUUUAUUUGUAACAUGAUGAAUGCUGCAGGAGAUGAGUACUUUUCAUUUCAGAAAGAAGCAGUGGAUGAGACUGGAUGGAGGAUCAAGAAUGUCCUCUCCCUGCCUAUUGUCAACAAAAAGGAAGAAAUUGUUGGUGUUGCCACUUUCUACAACAGACAUGACGGAAAACCAUUUGACGAGAACGAUGAGCAAAUUACAGAAGCUCUGACUCAGUUCCUUGGUUGGUCCACACUGAACAGUGACACAUAUGACAAACUGAACAGGACAGAAUGGAGGAAAGAUGUUGCCCAGGAGAUGCUCAUGUACCAGACGAGGGCCACACUGGAUGACGUCCAGACCAUUCUGAAUACUCAAGAGAAGCUCGGCUCUGCACCAGAAGACUGUGACCAGAAGGAAAUGUACAAACUAUUGAGAGCCAACAUCCCUGAAGCCAAGAACGUGGAGCUGCAUGAGUUCCGUUUCAGUGACUUCCCCCUGUCAGAGUUUGAGCUCAUCAAGUGCGGUAUCCGCUGCUUCUUUGAGCUGGGGGUGGUAGAGAAGUUCAAAGUCCCACCUGAGAUCCUCACAAGGUGGAUGUACACGGUUCGUAGAGGUUACCGUGACAUCACCUACCACAACUGGAGGCACGGCUUCAACGUCGGCCAGACUAUGUUCACUCUGCUGCUCACCGGUAAGCUCAAGAAGUACUACUCAGAUCUCGAAGCCUUUGCCAUGGUUGCUGCAGGUUUCUGCCAUGACAUUGACCAUAGAGGAACGAACAAUCUCUACCAGACAAAGAGCGCAUCCCCACUGGCCAAACUCCACAGCACCUCAGUCAUGGAACGGCACCAUCUUGAGUACAGCAAGACACUGAUGGAGGACGAGAACCUGAACAUCUUCCAAAACCUUCAGAAGCGUCAGUUUGAGACAGUGCAGCAUCUGUUUGAAGUCUGCAUUAUUGCCACAGAUCUGGCUCUUUAUUUCAAGAAGAGAACAAUGUUCCAGAAAAUUGUGGAAAAUGUGGAGGGAAUUCCUGACGAGAAAGAGAAAAUCAACUUCAUCUCCAACAACCCAACCAGGAAGGAAAUCAUCAUGGCAAUGAUGAUGACAGCUUGUGAUCUGUCAGCCAUUACUAAGCCAUGGGAGAUCCAAAGCAAGGUGGCGCUGAUGGUGGCAGCUGAAUUCUGGGAGCAGGGAGAUCUUGAACGAACAGUCCUGGAACAGCAGCCUAUUCCAAUGAUGGACAGAAACCACGCUGAUGAGCUUCCCAAGAUGCAGUGCGGCUUCAUCGAUUUCGUCUGCUCCUUUGUGUACAAGGAGUUUGCUCGCUUCCACACUGAGAUCAGCCCCAUGUUCGAGGGUUUGAACAAAAACAGGGGAGAGUGGAAAGCUCUCGCGGACGUCCACGCGGCCAAAAUGCAGGCCAUCGAAGACGAGAAGAAAAGACUGGAGGGCGGCGGCCAAGAAGAAGGCGGGAAGUCGAAGACGUGUGUGAUCUGCUAGACCACCAGGAUGAAUGAGUGGAUGUGGAUGUGUACAGAUGCGUGCAUGUGGAUGAAAAAGGGAUUUGCAGGGAGUAUGUUCUCUUAGUAGCACUUUACAUUACAGCUCAGUGGGGUCAUAAAGAGGUUUUUUUUGUAAAUUCCC